CAAUUCCCAUCCUACUCUGUACAUGUCACACUCUAACUGCAUCCUAUUAACCAAUUCGAUACUGCCUCCAUUACAUUUCCCUUUUUACCCCUCUCGGAUACCCUCUUCCAUUCAUCUCUGAUACCCAUUUAAUCCAUUUCCCAGUAAUACCUCCUUUACAUGUUUCCCAGUCACCCCUCUCGGAUACUUUAUUACAAUCACCCUUUCUCUGAGUUAUCAGUAGAGUUACCCAUUUAACCCACUCAAACCUCUUUCAAUCCCUGUGAAAUCUUUCCAUUCCCCUAAAGUACCAUUCACGUUUCAUACCCCAUAACUGUCCCUUAUGCCCAACACUUUAUAUCCUCCUGCAGUCUGAGCUUGCCCACCUGGCACGCCACCAUGUUAAAGUGUAUCCCUCUCUGGCGUUGUAACCGCCAUGUGGAGUCUGUGGACAAACGACAUUGCUCCCUGCAGACUGUGCCAGAGGAGGUAUAUCGCUACAGCCGGAGUCUGGAGGAGCUACUAUUAGAUGCCAACCAGCUGCGGGAACUUCCCAAGCCUUUUUUUCGUCUCUUGAACCUGAGGAAGCUGGGUUUGAGUGAUAAUGAGAUCCAGAGGCUUCCACCGGAGGUAGCAAACUUCAUGCAACUGGUGGAACUAGACAUCUCUCGCAAUGACAUUCCUGAAAUCCCGGAAAGCAUCAAAUUCUGCAAAUCUCUAGAGAUAGCCGAUUUCAGUGGAAACCCCCUGUCCAGGCUUCCGGAUGGAUUUACCCAGCUGCGCAGCUUGGCACACUUGGCACUGAAUGAUGUGUCUUUACAGACUUUACCCAGUGACAUCGGGAAUUUAGCCAAUUUGGUUACUUUAGAAUUGCGGGAAAAUAUCCUGAAAUCUGUGCCCACAUCUCUCUCGUUCCUUGUGAAAUUGGAGCAUUUGGACCUUGGAAGUAAUGACCUGCAGGUUCUGCCCGAUACGCUGGGUGCAUUACCCAAUCUCCGUGAAUUAUGGCUAGACAGAAAUCAACUCUCUGCUCUGCCGCCGGAGCUGGGAAACCUCCGCCGUUUGGUGUGUCUGGAUGUAUCAGAGAAUAAACUAGAACACCUACCAAUGGAAAUCAGUGGCCUGGUGUCCCUCACAGACCUGCUGCUAUCUCAAAACCUGCUGUCCUCCCUCCCACCAGGAAUCGGUCAGUUGAAACAGUUGUCCAUCCUGAAGGUGGAUCAAAACCGCCUGACCCAGCUUACGGAGUCUAUUGGGGACUGUGAAAACCUGAGUGAAAUCGUCCUCACUGAGAACCUGCUGAUGAGCUUACCAAAGUCCAUAGGAAAUCUCACCAAGCUGACCAAUCUGAAUGUGGACCGAAACCGGCUGCUGUCUCUGCCCAGUGAAAUUGGAGGCUGCACCAGCCUUAAUAUGCUUGGCCUUCGCGAUAACCAGCUGAGCCUUCUUCCCCCAGAGCUUGCCAAUGCUACUGAGCUCCACGUGCUUGAUGUGGCAGGAAACAGACUUUUGAACCUUCCGUUUGCAUUGACAAAUCUUAAUUUGAAAGCACUAUGGUUAGCUGAGAACCAGUCGCAGCCCAUGCUUAAAUUCCAAACCGAGGACGAUGAGAAGACUGGAUCAAAAGUCCUGACCUGCUACCUUCUUCCUCAACAGCCAUCUCCAAACCUUGAGACUUCUCUUCAGGAGAGUGCAGAUGAUAGUUGGACUGAUGGAAACCUUAACCGGAUCAGCGUCAUCCAGUUUCAGGAUGAAAUGAAACCAGAAGAUGAGGACGAUGAGGCUGCAGCAGAGAGGAGGGGUCUACAGCGGAGGGCUACCCCCCAUCCUAGUGAAUUAAAGGGUAUGCAGAAGCGAUUGAACUGUGGCUUCUCAUCAAAACCUGAUGCACCAUCUCCUAGUGAUGAAGAUAAACGUCUCAGUGGCCUUUCCAGCCAGAGUGCUGACUCUCAGCGCAGCGGUAGCACGGUGUCUGCUGGAUACCAGGAGGAGCAGCAGAACACAGAGGUGGAGAGAGUAGAAAGCCAAAUUGCACAGGAUGACCAGGAGGUGGCAGCAGAUGACAUGGAGGUGGAAUAUGAUGAGCCAUCCGUGCGGUUUGCUGAGGAGACUCUGGUUCAUCGAAGUGAUGAGGAAGAUUAUGAUGAAGAUGAAGAAGAUCGGAGGUCCCUGGAGAAAAAGCGCCUGAUACGUAAGGACACCCCACAUUACAAGAAGCACUCCAAGAUCACCAAGCUCCCCAAUACUGAAGCUGUGGUAGCCCUACUUCAGGGACAUGGCACAGGGGGGCUGUCGGAGGAGGGAGAGAGCUACUCACAGCCUCUUGAAGACCAUGAUGAUUUGGAUGUGCGGGACAAAGAUUGGGAGUCUGAGGAGACCAGAGAGGAAAGGCUCAACUCCCAGCAAAAUGUAAAGGGUGUGUCGUUUGAUCACGUGAAUAAUCUUCUGAUUGAGCCUGCUCGGAUAGAGGAGGAAGAGCUCACCCUCACCAUCCUACGUCAGACCGGGGGUCUGGGGAUCAGCAUCGCAGGGGGCAAAGGGUCAACUCCCUACAAGGGUGAUGAUGAGGGUAUCUUCAUAUCUCGCGUGGCCGAGGAGGGCCCUGCUGCUCGUGCUGGGGUGCGAGUGGGAGACAAACUCUUGGAGGUAAAUGGCGUGGAUUUGCAUAAUGCGGAGCAUCACACUGCAGUGGAGGCCCUGCGCAGUUCAGGCACUGCAGUCUCCAUGACUGUGCUCCGUGAGAGGAUGGUAGAGCCAGAAAACCCCAUUACUGUUACACCGCUGCGCCCAGAAGAUGAUUACAACCCGCGUGAGAAACACAUUGUCAUUCCAUUUCCUGAGGACGUGCUAUCUCCCCUUAGUGCUAACCAGCGGAUAUCCACCUGCUUAAUGCGCAAUGACAAAGGGCUGGGAUUCAGCAUCGCGGGGGGUGUUGGUAGCACCCCUUACCGCUCUGGGGACACUGCAAUCUUCAUCUCUCGGAUAGCAGAAGGGGGAGCUGCUCACCGGGACGGAGCGCUGAGAGUAGGAGACAGAGUCAUAUCUAUCAAUGGUGUAGACAUGACAGAAGCCAGACAUGACCAGGCAGUAGCCCUGCUUACCAGCACUUGCCCCACCAUCACCCUGCUGGUGGAGAGAGAACCCCCUCAGCCAGGGGCAGACCCUGGAGCCUCACCUUCCUUGCACAGAGCCCGUCCACGUUCACCCCCACCACCCACGGAUAAUGAAAACGGUGAUGGAGACGAGGAAAUUGAGCCCCUGAAGAACCCCAAUAGCCAAAGAAUAAAUGAUGACUAUCCUAUAGAGGAAAUCUGCCUGGUGAAAGCUGGGGGACCUCUGGGGCUCAGCAUAGUCGGCGGUAGCGACCACUCCAGUCACCCGUUUGGAGUCAAUGAACCAGGUGUCUUCAUCUCAAAGGUUAUUCCCCGUGGGGUGGCAGCUCGCAGCGGAUUGCGGGUUGGGGACAGGAUCUUGGAGGCUGCAAGUGUGGAUCUGAGACAUGCCACUCAUCAGGAAGCUGUGAAUGCCCUUCUGUCUCACACCCAGGAGCUCCACCUGCUUGUGAGGAGGGACCCACCACCUCCUGGCAUGCAGGAGAUAUGCAUUAUCAAGGGCCCUGGUGAGAAGCUGGGAAUCAGUAUUCGUGGAGGUGCGAAGGGUCACCCUGGGAAUCCUCUUGAUCCCACAGACGAAGGCAUCUUUAUCUCAAAGGUCAGCUCCACUGGUGCAGCAGCUCGGGAUGGGCGGCUGAAGGUCGGGAUGAGGAUACUGGAAGUAAACCAGCAAAGCCUGCUAGGUAUGACACACACAGAGGCUGUUCAGGCUUUGCGUGGUGUUGGCGACACACUACUCGUUCUGGUGUGUGAUGGAUUUGACCCAAUGGCCACCACGUCUGUAGAGGCCUCUCCUGGGGUAAUAGCCAAUCCGUUUGCCAGCGGUCUUGGAAGGAAGAACAGCAUGGAGAGCAUCUCUUCAAUAGACAGAGACCUGAGUCCAGAGGAGACGGAGCGAAUGCAGAAGGAGAAGGAAAUGCUCCACGAGGUGACGCAGUGGGAGAGAGAGGACAUGGAGAAAGUGGAAAGGAUGCGUAGAGAGCGGGAAGAGGCAACUAAACUCCUUGAAGAGGAGGACAAGGCUUACAGCACUGAGCCCAUGAAACUGGAUUAUAAGACACUUGCAGCUCUACCCAGCAGUGGCCUUCCAAAAGGAAACCGGCUCCCUCUUGGAAUGGAUACCGCCUGCUCUCCUGCCCCUGUUCCCGUGGCCCUUGUCCACCCUGUCCCCACUGUCCUAGCCAAUGGGCCGACCGGCCUCCCUGCUCCCGCAGAGUCCUCUUCUCCACUACAAACUCUCCAGCCCUCUCCCCCCGUGGAGCCAAGGGAAGCUGGUACUCCCGUCAGUAACACGGAGCCAGAGGAGGUGUUAGUGGACUCUCAGUCCAUCCAGUUCAGUGAGAACCCCUUCGUGGUGGCUAACAAGAAGAGUCAUGGGUCUAAUGGAAUCGCUUUGGGGGGGCCACCCACUGGAUAUGGGAGCUCCGGGGUACUGAGGACCACCGUGUACAACAAAAAGGUACCUUCUGACUCCUCCACCAGCUCCAGGAAAGACGCUCCAUGCUCUCCCAACACACAGCAGCAGAUUUCCCGCCCUGGAUCAUGUCAUCUGUCUGGCAGGGAAACCCGUUUUGCUUCCAUUAAUUUCCUGUCUUCACCAAAUGGCAGCCGAUCGACCUCAUCCCCUGUCCCCAGUGAUGGUAUCCCCACUCAUACCAGACAAGGCUAUAAAACCUAUUCCUCGGUGCCAACUGCUCUUACCGGCAUGGAGCUACAGGAACCCACCACCCCAAGGACACCAGACUAUAGCAGCACUAUGCCUGAGGGAUUAGAUAGUCCAGAGCAGCGCUCUUUUCGUGAUCGUCAGAAGUACUUUGAGAUGGAUGUGAAGCAGCAACAGGCAGAGCGUCCUCCAAAGCGUGUUUCCCUGGUGGGCGAGGACGACCUGAGGAAAAUGAAAGAGGAGGAAGCCAGAAAGAUCCAGAUAAAGAGAGAGCAGCUUUUACGUGAGGAGGAAGGAGACGUGACAGGGGACUCAAGUCCUAGAAUGGGGGGGUCCAGCACCCCUUGUAGUAGUGUCUUCAUUGAAGGAGUGGAGUACAAGAUUGAGCGUGUAGCUGGAGGAAGCCUUUCCUCGCUGACUGGGUGUUCCCCAUCAGACUCGCAGAGGAAUUCACUGGAAGAUGCCUUUAGGAUUGAGCAAAGGCCGAACUCAAUGUCUGGAUUGAACCCUGUUUACUCAGGUGGGUCAGAGGUCAGUGCACGUGUGCGGACUGUGAAAGCAGAGAAACGCCUUCAGGAACGUCUGAGAGUGCAGAGUCCAGAACUCACAGAGCAAGAGAUGCAGCUCUCCCCAGCGGAGCGCCGAGCUCUGCAGGCAGAAAAGAGGGCUAUGUGGAGAGCAGCCAGCACUCUCGAGGACAGUAUUAAGCACUAUGAGCAGUCUCUGGCCAGAAAACUCUACCAGUCGCGGCAGAACAGGCCUCAGUCCCCCGAGGACAACGGCAGAAUGAAGUCUUUGGAACAGGAUGCUCUGAAAGCGCAGGUCGUGAUUGCACGCUCUAAGGAAGGAAGAAAACGAAGCACACUGGACCAGCUUGCAGAAUCCCCGUCCCCUGCGCCCACCCCAUCACCGACCCCACUGGAAGAUUACAGUCCGCGGCUCCUGACGUCUCCUGGAAGAUUGUCUCUCUCAGACAAGAAGUUUGACUACAGAGAGUUUGCUGCUAUUCCGUCUUCCAAACCCGUAUAUGAGAUCCAGUCCCCUGACCCAGGCCUGAGCUAUACUGAAGAACCCAGAUCGUCAGAAGAAGUAGAUCAUCAGGAGGAGGACCUGGAGGAGGAGGAAGAGCUAAGACCCACCCUUGCACCCAGCACAUCGGCCCUCGAGGAGAUGGCUAGUUAUAGUAACAAGAGGAAACUCCGACACACACGGCGAAGUCUGGAGACUGCAGUUCCAACCUAGAUUCCAACAGAGCACUUUGCCAGCACUGUGAAUACUCACUACACACAGACUUGACACAUAGUGGGGAGCAAAGGGACUCCCCGUCUCUGUGAUGUCAGCUUUUCGAUGAGUUAACCACGGCACUGACUGCUUACUCAGAGACACUGUGAGAAUGGCCCUUAUUCACACCCUGAUCAGUUCUGUGGGGCCGGACUACCUGCUCGGUGGAGGGAUUCUUCUGAUUAGAGCUUGUAGCGCCAGGUGUUAACUUGCUUUUUUUUACUCCGAGUAUGGGUGGCAGUUUCACAACGCCUGCAUGUUGGUUUCGAUGUACAGCCAGCGUGUUGGCAGUAGCCAGGAGAUUAAACUAGUUGUUAGCCAGUCUUUUACAAUUGAGCAAAUGGGUAGGAAAGCAUUAACCAGCAGUUUAACUGAGUGAACUCAUACAUUAUGGUGCAUCUCAGCCUUGCUAGCGACUGUUGCCUUCCGUAUAUUAAUGGCCAGGAACUCGAUGACGUGAAUGCUGGAGUAUAUGAGAUAGGGUUUGGGCUUUGUUUGAUUACUUUUUUGGGUUUAGCAAUGUAAUUAAGCCUGCUGAUCGUGCUUCUGAGAAAUGGUGGAAGGAGUGGGAUUUGUCUCUUGCCCAUAAACAUUGCUUGAGUGGAAAUCUUAUUUCACACUGUCAUGCUCUGCACAAAACGACACAAGGGAAUCCUUCCAAUUCUGGGAAGGGGAUAGUUUUGUUCGUUUUUUGAGGGGAGUGUGAUGUGUUAGU